AUGGCCUCCAGGAUAUCGUAUCCCCAACUCUUGGGCAACAGCACCGAAGUUGGCCCCGUUCUCUCUACGCUCGCGAUGACGGUGUCGAUUUUUUUCUUUCGGCUUCUGUCCCUCUUGGGGUAUGCAAGAUUGACGAUUUCAGCUCCUAGUGGUCACACCAAGGCGGAAGUUGCAUUCAAUACUCUGCAAACAUGGUACAACACCAGCAGCGGGAUAUACGAUACAACAGGCUGGUGGAACAGUGCAAAUUGUUUGACUGCAGUCGGUGAUUUGGCCGCCAUCGACGCUGCUGUUCUCCCAGAGGCAAUAGUACUUUUUCUUAAUACGGCGGUGCAAGCACCAAAAUACAACCUGCAAAUGCAAAAGGUAGUCACUGAUGAUUAUAGCAUAAUCUCAUACUACGGGCCAUCCUUCCCACCAGGCUUCCCCAUUCCACCAAUUCUGAACCCCAUAGGUUUCUUGAAUGGCUAUUAUGACGAUGAGGGCUGGUGGGCUCUUGCCUGGAUCCAAGCUUUUGAUGUGACCCAGAACCCGUUAUUCCUCCAAACGUCAAUAGAAAUCUUCCAUGAUAUGAAAAAUGGUUCUAACACUCCUUGUGGAGCUGGCGGAGGCAUCUGGUGGGAUAAAAAUCAAACCUACGUAAACGCCAUCGCCAACGAGCUCUACCUAUCCGUCGGCGCACACCUCGCCAACCGAGUUCUACUCAACAAGAACUUCUACCUCGAAAACGCAAAAAGCCAAUGGGCAUGGUUCCAAAAGAGUGGAAUGAUCAAUUCCAGAAACCUCAUCAAUGACGGCUUACAAAACUGCAGCAACAACAACGGCACAGUAUGGUCGUACAACCAAGGCGUCAUUCUGGGGGCUCUCACAGAGCUCUUCUACGCCACAGGAGACCAAUCCUACCUCACCACAGCGACCUCUAUCGCCAAUGCAGCCAUCACCGCUCUCCAAGACAAGAACAAAGUUCUGCACGACAGUUGCGAACCCAACUGCGGUGCCGAUGGCUCGCAGUUCAAGGGGGUCUUCAUGCGAAACUUACAAAUAUUGCAAAAAGCCGCGCCGAGCCAAACGUAUGUGGACUUUGCUGCUGCGAACGCGGCGAGUAUUUGGGCGUACGACCGCAAUGCUAGUGAUGGGGUAUUAAGUGAGGUUUGGAGUGGCCCUUUUGUUAAAACAGGCAAUGCGAGUACCCAGAGUUCGGCGCUGGAUGCGUUGAUUGCGGAUCAAGCGUUUGGGGAUAGCAGUGCAGGGGUUAUUGCCUCUAGAGAGAGGGAGCUGCGAUCAUGA